AUGCCCUCGGCGGGGUACAUGGGCGUCUGGCGCCACGUCCCGCUGGCGGCCGCACAUGGCCGCUUUGGUCGUCUCAGCUCGAGCACGCCGCAGCCGCAGCAUGUCAUCGGGACGCCGCAGCGUGGCGAGAGUGGUGACACGAAGGACCCCCGAACAGUUCAUGGCCGGGCCGUCGAGGUUGUCGUCCUGGCGUCACCACGUCAGCUCGUCCCCAGACCUAAUAGCCCCUCUGCGGUCUGUCCGACAGAUCAACGGUCAACGGCGAAGGCCCGGUCUCGGGCCGUCGCCAACGCGCAUACUCCCCCGCAUCAUCCCACCAAGGGUGGCACGAGCCGAGCUCCUCGACGACGACGACGACGACAGCUUGACGACAGCGGCGGCCCUCAGCUGACACUCCUUGCUCGACCGUGCGCUCUUGCGAGAAACUCCGACCCGCGAAGCGAAGCGAGGCGAAGCGUAAGCCCUGCCAUGCAGCCCCCAGCCUGCCAUGCUCGGCUUGCGUCCCGGCGUGCAUCGAUUUCUCGUAAUGCCCCAGACCAUUGCUUUGCCCAGGGCUUUCUUUCUCCGCAGGCACACCAGGCACGGGACGCUCGCGGGGAUGGCCCUGCAUCGACGAGCACGCGAAAUGCGCACGAGCAUGCCAUGAAUGGUCGGCCUGGGGGAGCGGCUGAAGGGCAGGUCGACAGUGCUGACCCGACGCGGGCUCGUAUUCAAUCCCCCCUCAGCUCUAAGCAUCUCACGCCGUCAACGUCAUGUGUUCCAUGUAAUUGGGCGGAGCAGGCUCGGCGGCAGAGGGGAAUGGGAAAAAAAUGUCCCGGACAUAAUAUUCCAGUCUUGGGGUUGUCAUCCUGUAGGGCAACGAUCGUCGGUACUGCCUCACCCGAAAGUGAGCAAUGA